AACCAGCCUGCGGCUCUGCCACCGCGGGGUGCCCGGGGGCCGCCUCCCCCUGCAGCCCCACCAGCCUCCCCUGAGGACUCCGCUUUCCUGGCCGUGCUCAUCACCAGCGGCCCCAAGUACAGCGAGCGGCGCAGCAUCAUCCGCAGCACGUGGCCCGGCCGCCCCCCUCACGAUGACAUCUGGAGCCGCUUCGUCAUCGGGACGGGUGGGCUCGGUCCAGAGGAGCUUCGUAGCCUGGAGCUGGAGCAGAGCCGGCACAGAGACCUCCUCCUCCUGCCCGAGCUGCGGGAUUCCUACGAGAACCUGACUGCUAAAGUCCUGGCUACGUACGUCUGGCUGGAUCUGCACCUGGACUUCCAGUUUGCCCUGAAGGCCGAUGACGAUACCUUCGUACGCUUGGAUGUGCUCGUGGAAGAGCUGAGAGCCAAGGAGCCUCAUCGCCUCUAUUGGGGCUUCUUUUCUGGACGUGGUCGAGUGAAAUCUGGUGGGAAAUGGAAAGAGAGCGCCUGGGUGCUCUGUGACUACUACCUACCGUAUGCUCUGGGUGGUGGUUACGUGAUCUCUGCAGAUCUGGUGCGCUAUUUGCGUCUUAGCAGAGACUACUUGAACAUGUGGCAGAGCGAAGACGUCUCCCUGGGGGUAUGGCUGGCUCCCAUUGACGUGAAGAGAGUGCACGACCCUCGCUUUGACACUGAAUAUAAGUCAAGAGGUUGCAACAAUAAGUACAUAGUAACUCAUAAGCAAAGCAUCGAGGACAUGCUGGAAAAGCACCAGACCCUGGCUAAAGAAGGAAAGCUCUGUAAGGAGGAGGUUAAGCUCAGGCUUUCCUACAUGUAUGAUUGGGGAGUACCUCCUUCACAGUGUUGCCAAAGGAAGGAUGGCAUCCCGUGAAAGCCCGAGGAAGAAAAGGGCAGAAUGUUGAUGGACACUCUCAGCUUGGUUACUGUUACAUGGGGAGAAUCCCAGUAACUAGGGCUUAAAAAUUACUCAAAAAAGAUUUUGCACGAUUCAUUAUGUCACGAUCAAUGAAACCCUGAAACUCCUAAGAGCUACUGAUGUGGCAUGAUGUAGAGAUGUUUAAAA